AUGGCAGUCUACAUCUUCGACCAAUAUUAUCUCGGAAUUACUGCAGUCAUAACUGUCGGUUACCAACUUUUGGCAUUUCUUAUAAUGUUACUAUUUGGUGACGAAACAGUCAAUGAUUUUGCUGGUGGUUCCAAUUUCUUAAUCUUAGCUCUUGUUACAUUGAACUUAGGUGGAACGUAUUAUACUCGUAAUAUCAUCGCGUCUGUAUUAGUUAUGGUAUGGGCGACGCGACUGGCUCUAUUUCUUCUUAUUCGUGUCAUUAAAUCAAGUGGAAAGGAUACGCGUUUCGAUGAUAAACGAAAACAACCGAUCAAAAUGGCUGGCUUUUUUAUUUUUCAAAUUCUUUGGGUCUGGGCUGUUUCUCUUCCUGUGACACUAUUAAAUUCACCGGCAGCAUCUGUUCCUGAGCAAGGUGGCGGAAAUCCACCAUUAGGAACUCGUGAUAUUAUCGGUAUCAUCAUGUGGUCAAUUGGAUUUCUUUGUGAGACUAUAGCUGAUUUUCAUAAAUUUGCUUGGCGAUUUUCGAAACCACCUAAGUCACAAUUCAUUCGCUCCGGCCUUUGGAAAUUUAGUCGCGCGCCAAAUUAUUUCGGAGAAAUAUUACUCUGGUGGGGAAUAUUUGUUAUCGUUAAUAGUGUUACCGUCUCCGACGUACUCAAUAACGAUCAGAUUCGAAUAGCUCUCUGGUUCAGUAUUUUAAGUCCACUGUUCACAAUGUUUCUUCUCCUUGGACUUAGUGGAUUACCAUUGACACAGAAGCCAACAGGAAGGAAAUUUUUCCUAAUGUCGAACCGUUCGCAAGAUAACGAGGAUCCGGACUGUAAAACGGCUUGGUCGAGAUACAAAAGUUAUGUUGAACAAACAUCUGUUCUGAUUCCAUUUCCAAAUUUUAUCUAUCGAAAGUUUCCUGAGGUGUUACGCUGGGUGUUCCUGGACUUUCCAAUAUAUCGGUUCAAUGAAGAGAAAGAUGGACCCAAAGCGUUACAAGAGGAAGAACAAAAACAGCAAGACAACACCGAAACGCGUGCAAUGGUGUGA